UCCGGUCACUAGAGCAAUCUGCCGGAAGCGCCGGGAUCCGUGAGGGGUCUCCGCGAGUUCCGCCUAGUGCAGUGUUCCCGGUCGGCUGCGAGUGAACGGCAUGUCGUCCCCAGAGGCUUCGGAGGACGGGCAGGGCGGCGGCGGCCGCGGAGAUCCUCCCGGGGACCUCCGUAGCGUCCUGGUUACCAGCGUGCUCAAUCUCGAGCCGCUGGACGAGGAUCUCUUCAGAGGAAGGCAUUACUGGGUACCCACCACCCAGCGGCUGUUCGGGGGACAGAUCGUGGGCCAGGCCCUGGUAGCGGCUGCCAAAUCUGUGAGUGAAGACGUCCACGUGCACUCCCUGCACUGCUACUUUGUUCGGGCAGGGGACCCGAAGGUGCCAGUGCUAUACCAGGUGGAGCGGACAAGGACAGGGACGAGCUUCUCGGUGCGCUCUGUGAAGGCCGUGCAGCAUGGCAAGCCCAUCUUUAUCUGCCAGGCCUCCUUCCAGCAGGCCCAGCCCAGCCCUGUGCAGCACCAGUUCUCCAUGCCCAUCGUGCCCCCACCAGAAGAGCUGCUCGACUCCGAGACCCUCAUCAAUCAGUAUUUGAGGGACCCCAACCUCCAAGAGAAGUACCGAGUGGAGUUGAACCGAAUUGCUGCCCAGGAGGUGCCUAUUGAGAUCAAGCUGGUAAAGCCACCUGCCCUGAGCCAGCUGCAGGAAAUGGAGCCCAAACAGAUGUUCUGGGUGCGAGCCCAGGGCCAUAUUGGGGAGGGUGACAUCAAGAUGCACUGCUGCGUGGCUGCCUACAUCUCGGACUAUGCCUUCCUGACCACGGCACUGCUGCCCCACCAGUGGCAGUAUAAGGUGCGCUUCAUGGUCUCACUUGACCACUCCAUGUGGUUCCACGCCCCCUUCCGAGCCGACCACUGGAUGCUCUAUGAGUGCGAGAGCCCCUGGGCUGGUGGCUCUCGGGGGCUGGUCCACGGAAGGCUAUGGCGUCGGGACGGGGUCCUGGCUGUGACCUGUGCCCAGGAGGGCGUGAUCCGAGUGACGCCGCGGGUCUCGGAGAGCAAGCUGUAGCCAGAGAUACCAGCUUGGCCUGGGACUUCAAGGAUACCCCUUCAACCACUACUCCUGAUACGGAGUUGGUCGAGAGCUGGGCCCUUUGCUCCUCACAUCCAAUAAAGAGACUCAUACCACUGGA